UCCAACUAGACAUACUAAAAGCAUCACUCAUUUUCACUUCAAAUUGGCUGAUGUCCUGAUGAAGAUAGAGCAAUCUUGGCAUCCAACUCUUACGAAAACAAUCCUUUUGUCUUGGUAACAGGAGAAAUCAUCUCUGGGAUUUUUGUGCGAUAUUUCAGAUUUACAGAAUCUUCAAACUCAGAGGCGUACCAGAAGAAGCAGUGAGAGGAGCAAAUGCAUACUUUGCCAAGUUUCUAUGAAGUUGGAAGCUGUUCAGAGUCUUACAACUUCCUUCACGAAAUUUUGAACUCAAGAGAGCAACUGCACCUUGACAAUUCAAACGUUAAUGCCAUUUCAAUGGCUGAGGCAAAAGCAGUUGCAGCAAACAAGAGCCACAGUGAAGCUGAAAGGAGAAGAAGAAAGCGUAUCAAUGGUCAUCUUGCGACACUUCGCAACCUUCUUCCCAAAACCAUCAAAGCAGACAAGGCAUCAUUGUUAGCUGAGGUUGUCCGGUGCCUAAGAGAGCUAAAGAAGUCAACAGAAGAACUCUCAGCUACAGAAGGUGAUGAUCAGUCCAACACAGCAAUGAAACUCAUGUUUCCUAGUGAAACUGAUGAACUCAAGUUAUGUUAUGAUGAUGGAGAUUCAAGGACUAUAAAGGCAACAUUAUGCUGCGAGGACCGACCGGAGAUGAUGAUAGAGUUAAAGAGGGCAUUAAACGCAGUGAAAGCUAAGGUGGUGAAGGCAGAAAUGGCAACAGUUGGGGGAAGAACAAAAACUGUGCUUUGGCUGCAAGCUUCAGAAGCUGGAGAAGAAGGGCUGGCGACAAUAAGGAGAGCACUGAAAGUGGUUGUAGACAGGUCUAUCAUGUUGUCUACUCCUGGCCAGGCUUUGCCGGGUAACAAGCGGCCUCGUCCCUAUCACUGCUGAAUAUAUGAGUUUAGGGUUUUGUAUUUUUUGAAUCUUGACGGUGCCCCCUGUUUAAAAUGGUCCAUACUAAUGUUGGGGAUGGGGACCAAUGACCCCAUGGAAAUUGAAAAGUGAGCUAAGGUGAUCAUGGAUGAGGUAGGAGAAUUUGAAGUGUCAAUUUGGUAGAAGAUUUAUCCUAGUUAUGUAUGAAUGUCAAACUCCCAGCUGGUGCUAUGAAUCUAAAAAGUAGUACUGCCUGCGCUGCGA